ACCCACUGCACGGUGUGAAGUGAAGUCUGCCACUUCAUUUUGAAGAGAAGGCUCAGCUAGCAAUAUCAAUAGAGGUUGCAGAAAUAUAUUGAUUCUAAUUAUACACAUGACUCAAUGGUGCAGCUAUUGGUAGAAUCAUCAUGGCACGAUUGCACAACUCAACACAGGGAGCCAAUAUUAGCCAAACCCGCUUGAGACAAAUCGCCCUUUUGGCCAAAGAUCUCUCAGCGGCAGAAGAUAUUCUUAAGAGAGUUUUGGGCACUGAGGUCAUUUUCCGGGACGACCAGGUGGCAAAAUGGGGCUUAUAUAACUUUCUAAUGCCUCUGGGCGGUGACCUCAUCGAGGUUGUGUCGCCUUUCCGCGACGGCACAACAGCGGGCAGAUUGCUCAAAAAACGUGGCGAUGGGGGCUAUAUGAUCAUAAUGCAGACCAGUGACGCGGCCGCGCGAAAAGAUUUCAUUGAAUCUCGCGGUUUAUCCAAGGUCAUUUUUAGCUUUUCCAAGGAUGAUGUUGAUUGUGUUCAAUACCACCCCAAAGGGAUACCUGGGAGCGUAAUACCCGAACUAGAUUCUCACAAACCAUCACCGGAAAACCGGGAGCCAGUGUUAUCUACUUUCAGCCCAUGGCAUGCCUGCGGUCUGGAUUACCAGCGCUAUUCUGCUGCCAUGGCUCGAUCAUCCUAUCUGCAAAUUAUACAGGUUACUUGCCGCCUUGCUGCGGGGGAAAACGAUCCGGAAAGUGCUGCUCAGAAGUGGGAACAUAUUUUCGGCGUGCAAAGCAAGGGAUCUGAGCUGGUAUUCACUAACAUGCGAAUGAGCUUUGUUAAGGGUGUUGACGGGCUCCCUGAGGGCUUGGAAUCUAUUACUGUCGGUGUAUAUGGGGAAAGCAAUUUGAAUCGUAUACUUGAGAGGGCUCAGGAAGAAGGAAUAUAUGAAAACGGAGCCGUUGCUAUGCUGGGUAUUCAGUGGUACUUUUCUCCUUUAAGUAACGACGUGGCGAAAAGCAAGAUAUAAUACUAUACAAUAUGCGGAAC